GCUCACUCCCAAAAAAAAGAUUUUUGGAUACCCGCUCGUUACUCCCUCUUCUUCUCAUGUACUUAAUUCUUUUUCCCUUUUAAUCUCAAAAUUCCAUGAGUUCCUUUGCCCAACAUCUCGACAAAAGGGUUUUCCGAUCUAUACCAAAAGACCACAGGGAUUGAUCUAUGGAAUUCCUUUUUCAGUAGUGUAUUUUCAUUUUCCUUUCUCAGUUUUGUUCGAUUUUUUUUACUUAUUUUCUUUCUCUCUCCACUGUUUUGAAGCCAGCUUCUCUUUUGUCGAAGCCAUCGGAGCUCGGUAAUUAUUCUCAGCUUCAAGUGAUUCAGCUUCGUUCGAAUCGAUUGAUCAGUAAUGUAACGGCGGAUUUCUCUCGGUUGUCUCGUUUAAAAGAGCUUGAUUUGGGUUCUAACAAGUUAAAUGAUGAAAUCCCAGAAGAAAUCGCAUUUUAGAUGGAAAUCUCCUUACAGGUAACAUUCCAGAUUCAUUUUCAAACAUGUCUAAUUUGAAGUACUUGAAUUUAUCUAGAAAUAAUCUUGAAGGUGAGAUUCCAAGUGGAUUAGGUUCUUUAUUCAAUGAUAGUUCUAUAUUUUCAAUGAAUGAAAAUUUAUGUGGUAAGCCAUUGAAUAAUGACUGUAAAAAUGUGAGAAAAAAGAAACAGAGGAAGCUGAUUUUGUUGAUUGCUAUGGUUGUUGGUGGUAUUGGGCUAUUUGUCGUGUUUUGUUGCGGUUACAUUUACAGUCUUCUACGGUGGUGGAAGAGGUGGAUGACCGGAGAGAAGAAGCGGAGUACGGGUAGUGCUAGUUCAGAAGCAGAUCAAAGUCGUGGAAGUUCAACUUCUUUUCGUUGAAGUUCAACUUCGCUGAUUCAGUAGACUUUGAGAAUAUUAGACCUCCUGUAAUGGAAGGCUUAGAUACAUUAAUCAUGAGAAAGAAACAAUCUUCAAAGUCAAGUAGACUUGAAGGCAAUGGUAGUUCUUCAAAUCAAACAUCACCUGCAUCUCAAUGGUUUUCUUCAAAAUCAUCAAAGAAGAUAUCUUUGUCCUCUGUGACUUCAAUUAUAGAUGGCUUAAAGAGAUUGUACCUUCAGAAGUUGAAGCCUUUAGAAGUUUCAUAUCAUUUUAAUGAUUUUGUAUCCCCAUUGUUGAAAAAUAGUGAUUUUGAUGCCAAACCAAUGAUUAUGCUUUUGGGUCAAUAUUCCACUAGGAAAACAACCUUCAUUAAACAUUUGCUUAAGACUAGUUAUCUAGGAGCUCACAUUGGACUUGAACCAAUGACCAACAGAUUUGUUGUUGUUAUGGUAAUUCAGAAUUGUUGUUCUGCAGAUCUAGCUUGGAGAGUUUCCAUUACUUGGUGGUUUUAAAAUCAAUUAUGGAAAUUGAAUCUUAAUUUUCUGUAUACUGUCUAUACUGCUUUGUUUGUUAUCAUUGUUACUGCAAUUAUAUUAUUGGUUUUGAUGCCGAACAUAUAUGUUUCAGCAAGUAAAUAUUUAGGGAUGGGAUACUUGUAUUUUAAGCCUGAAAAGUCAUUAAUAGGUUGAAUAAAUACUGCCUAUAAUUUUUGUUCAAUUUUUUCUUGAAUUUUGGUAAACUCCUUUAGUAAUUAUUUGGGGCUUUUUAUGUUACGAAUUGGUAUUGAGUAGAUAUGGAUAUUCUC